UUCGAUGAUACAGAAUUGGGAUAUCUUGCUUAUUACAUUGUAUGAGUAUCCCAUUACAUCUUGCGUGAUGUGUGUGUUUUUGGGUCCGGCACGGACCUCAUCACGGUCUAGCCAAGUAUGAAUAACAGACUGGACACGCUCUGGAGCACUUCUUAUGUGACUACUAGAAUGUUGUUACAAGUGCCUAGAUAUCACAUUCUACCAACACUCUGCAGUGAAGAAGAUGAACACGAACCCCAAGCAUUAACAGAAAAUCACUGAAUUGCAUUCAGUCUGUUAUUUCCUAGAUCUAAUGCGCAGAAUGUUUUCACGUCAUGUACCACCGAGUGCAAUCCGCAGGCCGCGAUUCAAGAAAAUCUAGUUUAUCUGUCUUCUGCCAAGCGUAUGAUAUGACAUCAACGAGUGAAGCUUCUGCUGGCUGAGAAGCAGAGUUGCUGCCGCUGCCCAUGGUAGGUGGCCAGCACCUAUCACAUCAGCUCACACGUACCGCACCCGAAGAGGUUCACAAUGCUGAACCCGUCGCCACAAGCGCGCCCGCCGUCGGCCGUAUCGCGCGCCCCGAGCACAUCGGCAUACGUGGCCGCCAGCGGCAUGGCGCGUUACAGCACGGCCGACGCCAACGACGCCGCAGAGGUGCUCUCGACAGACACGGGCGAGGCGCUGCGCGAGGCGGCCAUGAAGCGCGCUGACUCGCUCGACGAGGAGGACUUGGAGCGCGCCCGCACGCCUCCCUCCCCGAUCGGCCUGCUGGCAAUCCAUCUUCUUCAAAUGAAGGAGUUUAACCAGUCGGCCGUCAGUAUGGAUCUGGUGAACCCUAGACUACGCUUCAUGAUGCUGGUCUCCAUUGGAGAUAUGUACAAGGAAACAGGAUUGAAGAGUGGCCACGUCAGGCACAUUCGAGAAAAAGAGAAGUCCACCAGGCUAUUAGACAGGCUGCCUAUUGAUGAAGUUAAACAUUUCUCUAUGAGGAUUCCGCAGCAAGUUUCUGAUCCCGCCAAUGUUUUGAGGUUCGGGCUGUACAGCGUGCACCUUGAUACCAAGGACACCGCACCACCAGAGCUCGUGGGUGAGGCGGAGGUGCACCUUCACGAGAUCAUCAAGGCUAUGAUGGUGAUUGACGUGGUUUCGCUGAGGCUCGACGGUCGCGUGGUGGCCAGCCUGGAUCUCGAGUUCGCCUUCAUGUACGGCUCCAUGGGAUUCUGCUACUCCACACAACUGGAGAACGCCGCCUUCGACGCCAGUCGAGAUCUGGGGCGCAGCAUGUUCCCGCGUCUGACUCUGCCUGAGGAGCGCGACGGCGAGGUGCUGGUGCCCAUGCCGCAGCACGCGCCCGCCUUCGUGCCCUGGACCUGUUCCACCGUCACCCACUGGGACGAGCAGCUGCAGCGGCUACCGCCUGUCUGGCCGCCGGCGGCGCCCACCCAGUUCACGGAGAGCGUACACGCGGAGGUGCGCCGCAUCUUGACCGACUACGUGCCCAUCACGUCCCGGCCCGAUCGCCUGGCCUUUCUGCGCAGACUGAUUCGAGGCACGCCAGUUCGGGAGCCGGACGAGGGCGAGAGCGGGGCCGGUGAUGACCGGCCGGCCGACCAGCACCACGGCAGCGACCCUGGUCCGGCCCAGCUAUCGACGACGCCAACGGACGCCGGCCGGCCGCAGCUGAGCGAGCGGCCACCAGCUGCCUCCGAGCACGGGGCCAGGCGCGGCACGGCAGCGCGCCGUCGUUCUACCGGCGGCGGCGGCGCCGGCAACGCAGCCAGCCGCGUCCUCUUCACCGCGCGGUCCGCCUGGUUCCGCGACGACGGCCCCGCCACCCGCUAGCGCGCCCAAGCAGCCACUGAUGGGGAGAGCCUCAAAAAUCUCGCCUCCCAGGCACAUCCGCCGCGUGCCCUGGAAGCGGCCGGAGGGACCGGCAACCAUCGCUGAACAACCGGAGGACGCUCCCGACAGCUCAGCUGAGGAGUUCGUCGAUGCCAAGUGAUUGUGUCAACCGCUGUGGCCGCGGCAGAUGCUAUGACUGAAGAUCAUGUGGCCGAUGUGCCGCUGUGAAUGAAGCAGCUCUUGGCAACUGCUGUUCAUGAUCAGCUGCUGUGACCAAAGCAACUGAUAUGAUUAAAACAGUUGCUGGGACCGCUGUAAUUAGAGCGACUCCUGUGGCCGGUUUGCUGCUCUUGGAGGUUCGCCGCUGUGAACGGAGUGACUACCGAGAAUGAAGCGAUUGCUGCGAUCAGAACAGGCGAUGUGCUUGAAGCUGCCUUCGUGAUUGGCAGCUGUUGCGAUCAGGGAGCUGCUGGCGGAUGCGGCUGGUAGAUGGGCAGCGCCUAGCACCGGUAUCAAUGCCGAGAACACAUCCUGUCCUCACCUGGACUGACCUGUACAUACCUGGGAUGUCCUUUCCUUUUUAGGUUGCUUAAAACCAGCCUGAAAAGAUGUUCCUUGUUCAGUGUUCCGCAUGUUCAGCUCGUGCAAUAGAGAUGCUGUAACAGAA